CGCACCUGUGAUGAGUGUUGUCUCGAUCGGCAUGAACUUACGUGGCAUGAGCACAGUAAUGCGCACUAUGGGCAGGUGUCACACUAUACUAUGUAGUGUGUACACGCAGUUUUACGCUCUGCUCACAAAUCCUUUCGCUGUUGCAGUUGUGCGAAUUCAAAACGACAGUGCAUGCAUGUUGAUGUGGUGAGAAAUUCGUCCGGAAGAUACAGUUUGCGGAGAGGAAAACGCAUUGAAACAGUUGUAAAGGUGUGAACGUGGUGAUUGCUUUCAGUUCCCUUCCUUUUUAUUUCAUCGGGGCAGCCUGAACAUGGCUAGCAAAAGCCAUAAAGGGACGAUAGGUGCCUGGUAUGAGGCUGACGAUCAUGAUUUCAGGGAAUUGGAACAAAAAGUACGCCGAGGUGAUCGGCUGGAGUUCGACCGCGGUAAGUACGCCCACUGGGGUAUAUACGUCGGUGAUUACCAUGGGAUGGAGCACGUUGUCAUUCACUUCGGGAAGUUUAAAGGAGGGGCGGCCUCCUCCGAGGAGAAUACGUCAGGCAGUGCGGUUUCUGCAAGUAGCAAGCCCGAGAUACGAGCUGACUCCAUUAGGGCGGUGCUGGGCACGUCAAGCAAAGUGAGAAUCAACAACUCUAUGGACAAAGCGAAAACUCCUUUGUCUGCUGACGUUGUUGCGGAAAGGGCAAAGAAAAUGCACCGAGAGAGAGUAGCUAUUGAUUAUAAUCUUAUCAAAAGCAACUGCGAGCACUUCGUGAAUCGUUGCCGGUACAACUAUCCAACCAGCUAUCAGGUGUAUGCGGCAUUUGCGAACUCAUUUCUGUGUUGCGUCACAGCCGUGGUUGGUUUUUUCCACUCAAUUGCGAGGCCUCGGAAUCAGUGAUCUCGGGAUGCAAGGUGUUGAGCAGAUGAAGUUACGGAGCUUUGAGGAUGCCACAAAACACCUUUGACCCCGAUUUGAGGGAGAUGUA